AUGGCUCGUGAUUUACAAAACCAUCUUCUAUUCGAAGUAGCAACGGAAGUCGCCAACAGGGUUGGUGGCAUUUACUCUGUCUUGAAAUCCAAGGCCCCAGUUACCGUGGCUCAGUACGGAGACAACUAUACGCUGAUCGGGCCCUUGAACAAGUCCACGUAUGAAGGUGAGGUCGAAAAACUCGACUGGGAGGACGAAGAGGUUUUCCGCGAGGACCUAUUGCCCAUUCAAAGGACGUUGAUGUCGAUGCGCGAAAAGGGUGUGAAUUUCGUCUACGGUCGUUGGUUGGUGGAGGGAGCACCACGUGUCAUUUUGUUUGACCUGGACUCUGUAAGACACCUCCUGGGCGAAUGGAAGGCUGAUCUAUGGUCCCUUGUGGGAAUCCCGUCUCCCGAGCACGACCACGAAACAAACGACGCUAUCUUAUUUGGCUACGUUGUUGUGUGGUUUUUGGGAGAGGUAUCGAAACUGGACAACAAACAUGCAAUCAUCGGCCACUUCCACGAAUGGUUGGCCGGUGUGGCCCUACCAUUGUGUCGGAAGAAAAGAAUUGACGUCGUGACAAUUUUUACCACGCACGCUACCUUAUUGGGUAGAUACUUGUGUGCCGCGGGUGAUGUGGACUUUUAUAAUCAAUUACAGCUUUUCGAUGUAGACCAGGAAGCUGGCAAAAGGGGGAUUUAUCACAGGUACUGCAUCGAGCGUGCCGCCGCUCACACUGCGGACGUUUUCACCACUGUGUCACAGAUCACUGCAUUCGAAGCGGAGCAUUUGUUGAAGAGGAAGCCUGACGGUAUCUUGCCCAAUGGGUUGAAUGUCGUCAAGUUCCAAGCCGUUCAUGAGUUCCAAAACCUGCAUGCACUGAAAAAAGAGAAGAUCAACGAAUUCGUUAGAGGUCAUUUCCAUGGCUGUUUCGAUUUCGAUCUAGACAACACCGUUUACUUCUUUAUCGCUGGUAGAUAUGAAUACAAAAACAAAGGUGCCGACAUGUUCAUCGAGUCCUUGGCUCGUCUUAAUUACAGAUUGAAGGUUUCCGGGUCUAAGAAAACUGUGGUGGCAUUUUUGAUUAUGCCUGCUAAGACCAAUUCUUUCACUGUGGAAGCACUAAAGAGCCAAGCUAUUGUGAAAUCCUUGGAAAACACAGUCGACGAGGUCACUGCAUCCAUUGGCAAAAGAAUAUUCGAGCAUACAAUGAGAUAUCCUCAUAACGGUCUAGAGACAGAAUUGCCCACUAAUCUAGACGAACUAUUGAAAAGUUCUGAAAAAGUGUUAUUGAAAAAAAGAGUUUUGGCAUUGAGAAGACCUCACGGCGAAUUACCUCCAGUGGUCACACAUAAUAUGUGUGAUGAUGCUAACGAUCCAAUCCUGAAUCAAAUCAGACACGUCAGAUUAUUCAACGAUCCAAGCGAUCGUGUCAAAGUCAUAUUCCACCCUGAGUUUUUGAACGCAAAUAAUCCUAUUCUCGGACUGGAUUACGAUGAAUUCGUUCGUGGUUGCCAUUUGGGUGUCUUCCCAUCCUACUAUGAACCAUGGGGGUACACGCCGGCAGAAUGUACCGUUAUGGGGGUUCCCUCAAUCACAACAAACGUUUCCGGGUUUGGUGCCUAUAUGGAGGACUUGAUCGAAACUGAUCAGGCUAAGGACUACGGUAUUUAUAUCGUGGACCGUCGUUUCAAAGCCCCCGAUGAAUCUGUGGAGCAAUUAGCCGACUACAUGGAAGAAUUUGUUAACAAGACUAGAAGACAAAGAAUUAACCAAAGAAACAGAACCGAGAGACUAUCUGAUCUGUUAGAUUGGAAGAGAAUGGGGUUGGAAUACGUCAAGGCUAGACAAUUGGGUCUUCGUAGAGCUUACCCAGACCAGUUCAAGGAAUUGAUAGGCGAAGAUAUUAGCGACGCCAAUAUGAAUACCCUUGCCGGUGGUAAGAAGUUUAAGAUUGCCAGACCUCUAAGUGUACCUGGAUCUCCCAAGGUAAGAUCCAACAGUACCGUUUACAUGACUCCGGGCGACCUGGGAACCCUCCAAGACGCCAACAAUGCGGAUGAUUACUUUAAUCUAAGCAUGAAUGGAGGCGUUGCAGGUGAUGAUGACGACGACGAUGACACUUCUGCAUACUAUGAAGAUAACUGA